AUGGCUCCCCGAUACAAAGACGGAGAUGCGGUGGUCGCUAUCAAUGGGAAAUGGGUUGCUUGGGCUCACACGGUUUUCGCUUAUGCUGCCUUCUUCAGCGCGUUGGUUGUCGGCAUGUCUUUGCAUUACCACAAGAUCGUCCAAAAUGAACACUUCGGCUACCCCAUUGAAUGGUUUCCCUCGGUAUCCGCUACCAUCGGUGACCGAUAUCCCGAACGGUCUUUCUUCCAGGUCUUCAUUGCCAUUACCUCCGGUCCGCGCUUCGCCCUUGUCUUCUUGUGGUACGUGCUCACUGCGCGCCCAAACACGACCUUGCCCAAGUUCGUUGCUGGUGUGGGCGUCUUCCGCACCUUGACAUGCGGCGGCUGGACCUAUGUGACAUCUACCGAUGACCACGAUUGGCAUGAUAUUUUCAUGAUCUCGUACUUGGUGGCCACCUUGCCUUGGACGCUGGGCUGCCUUGCGCUGAGCCCAAACAAUCGCCGUGCUAUCAAGUAUAGGAAGAUUAUGGCUAGCUUGUUCUUUGGAACAUUAGUCCCCUUGGUUUACUACUUCAUUCAGCACAAGGUGCACAAGGUUCCUGGAGCCUACACCAAAUACGCUUUCUUUGAGUGGUCUUUGAUUCUGUUUGAUGUCGGGUUUGAUGCUAUCACAGCACUUGACUUUGAGAGUUUUGAAGUUGUGGUGAGGGAUGUCAAGGGUGCUAGCAGAGGGCAAUUGAAAUCGGCUGCCGAUUCCGUUUUGGAGAAAGAGAAGGGGAAGCCCGUGGCGAACACCUUUGGCGAGGGCUUCUUCUGGACCGAGAUCAUUGAUGCCGCGUCCGACAUCUACAACGGGUUUGUUUUCUGGACCAUCGUGACUGCUCUGCCUGUUCUUGUCUGGUACUUCCCUCUCUGGCACAUGGGUAUCUCCGGUUAUGAAGUUGCCAUUGUCUGCUGCACAUCCCCGUUGCUCUAUGUCAUACCAUCCCUGCGUUACGCAGCCGCGAAGAACCUCCGCCUUCUUCACCUGCUCUCGCUUGUUGGCCUUUUCGCUUACAAGUUCCAUAAUCCUGCCAAUCGUCUCUUUGUUACCAGCUUUGCUCUUGCUACCACAUGUGCAGCAUGGACCGCCAGCUUUUUCGCCGAGAGGGCCAACAGUCCUCGUCUCGAAGCCCGGAUCAUGGCUUGGGGCAUUGGCCUGGUGAUGUCGGUCGUUGCAAAGUUUGCUUGCAAGACCAACAACCCCCUUUGGCCGAUUAUGCACGCCGAGAACGGUGGUUGGAACAAGAUCGGCAUCUUUUUCGCUUUGUUUGCUGUCUUGAGGUCGCAGAGAGGCUCGAACAUCAGCGGCGGUGAUUACCUGCCCGCAGGCGGCAAGAAGGGCUCGUCUGUUCUGGCUGGUCUUGGAUUCGGUGGUCUGAUGUUUGCCAUCGUUUCGCUUUUGACCGACUCGAGCACCAUGAUCUCGUGGGUCUGGGACGGAUACCCAGUGCGUGGACCCAUCGCUGCCCCUCACGGUGCUUUGACCAUCUUCGCAAUGGGAGCUGGUCUUGUGUACGGCAUCUUCCAUCCUGGUGUUGCCGGAAGCUGGACUGCCUAUGGUGCCGGUUCCGUUGGUGCAGCUCUCUUGACUUGCUAUCACCAUUGGACCGGUUAUUAUGGUGCCCUGAUUCUUGCCUUUUACAUCAUGGCCGUUGCUCCGGUUUUGAUUACUUCCAGCGUUCGUCACUCUCCUGCGAGCACAUUUGGGUUUGGUUUCAUUGUUUAUGUUCUCCUCUUGCUCUUCCACGUUUGGGUUGUCGCCUAUGCCUUCGUGCCGGGUGGUCCCUUCCUCCGUGAGCACACCGACUGGCUCAUGACUACCACCAUGCUGUCCAUUGGUGCUGGUGUCUUCUCCGCCGCGACCUCGAACUCGGCUCGCCCCCGCAAGCUCCACAAGCCCGUCAACCCCCACAGCAGAAGACAGCGAUCUUACUAUAUCUAUGUCCUUGCUGCGCUGCAGCUGCUUUCUGUGUCUGUGGCUUACCUCCGCUUCCCGACCAAUGACUACACUCCUCAUCACAAGGAGGACAAGGUCGUGACCGCCGGUAUCUGGACCGUCCACUUUGGUCUUGACAACAAUAUGUGGUCCUCUGAGCGCCGCAUGCGCGAUGUCAUUGGUGAACUCGAACUGGACGUUAUCGGCUUCCUCGAGUCCGACAACCAGCGUAUCAUCAUGGGCAACCGCGAUGUCACGCAGUACAUCGCCGAGGAUCUUGGUUACUACACCGACUUCGGUCCCGGUCCCAACAAGCACACUUGGGGCUCCGCUUUGCUGUCCAAGUUCCCCAUUGUCAACUCUACUCACCACCUUCUCCCUUCCCCGGUGGGAGAGUUGGCACCUGCCAUCCAUGCCACACUCGACAUGUAUGGCGAGAUGGUUGAUGUUGUGGUGUUCCACUCUGGCCAGGAAGAAGAUCCCGAGGACCGUCGCUUGCAGAGUGAGUAUCUGUCGAAGCUGAUGGGCGACUCCCCGCGCCCUCUGAUCUUGUUGAGUUACCUCGUUACCAAGCCUCUCGAGGGUAACUACAACACCUACGUGAGCGAGCGUAGCCAAAUGAAGGAUAUCGACCCUACCGACUGGGAUAGAUGGUGCGAGUAUCUGCUCUUCAAGAAGCUACACCGUGUGGGUUAUGCCAGAGUCAGCCGUGACACCAUUACAGACACGGAGAUCCAGGUUGGCAAAUUCGUCAUCGGCGAGCCCGAGCCCGAGAAUGAGAUGCGUAUCCCUGAGGAGAUGGUCCCAGUUGGCCGUCGCUUCCCUGCCUUGUUCCGCGGCGAGGGAGUGCGCGGUCACCGUUACCACGUCUUUGAUGAGCCCAGGUACUGGCAGUAG